CACGACUUCACAAACUUCUUCAUUCAUAACUUCUUCUUCAGCCCCAACUCUUUCAUUGGCAACUCUUUCAUCCAUAUCUUCUUCUUCAUUUAUAAUUCUACCUUCGUUCAUAGCUUCUUCAUCUACCGUAAUCCCAACAUUAUCUAUAUCUUCUUCAUCAAUUAUUGGGCUGGCUUCUGGGGCAUCAGUUCCACUACUAAUUAUAAUAAUUGUUGUUAUAGUAAUUGUAGUGGUAGCAGCAACAGUUCGAUUCAAAAAGAGAAGAGGAAGAAUGGAAGUGAUUAAUGAUAUUACAUUACUAAAGGGGAAUGAAAAUAAUAAUCAAAAUUCACAAGAGCAAGAACUAUCAUCAGUUAAUCCACAGUAUGAGAAUGUGCAUCUACCAGUUCCACAAUCAGAACUAUCAAUGGAAGAAUGUGCUGCUUAUGGUGUAGUGGAAGGUACUAGAUUCCCACAGUAUGAGACUGUAGAUCUACCAGCUCCACAGUCAGAGGGAGACUAUGAACUACCAGUAAAAGAAUGUGCUGCUUAUGGUGUAGUAGAGAGUGCUGGAUUCCCACAGUAUGAGACUGUAACAUUAUCAGUUCCUCAGUCAGAACUAUCAAUGGAAGAGUGUGCUGCUUAUGGUGUAGUAGAGGGUAAUAGACUUUAGAGUUAGUGUGUGUACUGGACUGGAUUUAGUAAAUUUUAACAAUUAAAAAAAUUCAUUCAAAAAUUUUAAUACCAUUGUAAACAUUACUAUAUAUGGUUAGUUUCCACAUAGAAUAGUAAUA